CAUCAAAUCACAGCUCAACAUUCUAAAACACUGACAGAGAGAGAGAUGGAUAUUUUUUUUCUAGAUUCCGUUUGCCAAGAGGAAGAAGAAGACAAGUUCUGGGAUCUGAUCGCCGGUGACAUCUCCGGUGACGGUGAAAAAACAGUAAGUGUACUAAACAGAAGUGCCUUUAGGUCAUACGCGAGAGAUACGGAACAGAGGAGGAUGUCGUCUUUAUCGCCGGUGAACGUAAAGAGGAGAAUGGUGAAUCUGUUGAGGAAGAAUUGGGAGGAGAGGAAAAAUGCGGCAGCGCCGGAGAAGGAGAGAUGCCGACGACAUAUGAUGAAAGAGAGAACGAGAAGAGAGAAACAAAAACAGAGUUACUUAGCUCUCCAUUCUCUGCUACCAUUUGCCACUAAGAAUGACAAAAAUUCGAUUGUUGAAAAGGCUGUAGAUCAGAUUGUGAAAUUAGAAAGAUUAAAGAACGAAUUAGAGAAAAGAAUGAAUGUGUUAGAGGAAAAAUUAGCAAAAAAUGAUGAUGGAAUGAGUGGAACAAAGGUUAGGUUUAAUCUUCAAGAACCUUUUUCUGGGAUGGAUUCAAUGGUAGAAGUCCUUCAAUGUCUUAAAUCAAUGGGGACAAAACUCAAAACGGUCCAGGCCACUUUCUCUCCUCACGAAUUCACUGCUACCAUGAACAUCGAGACUCAGAUAAGAAGAGAAGAGGUGGAAAAAAGAGUGGAGAGAAGACUUCAGGAAACUGAAUGGAAACUACUCUUUCUCCCAGAAGCUUCGUUUGUCAAAGACUAUUAAGCUCAUUUGUGUUGAUUUUUUUUGUCUUUAUUUGUAGAUUUUGUUUUUUUGUCUACUAUUUGUAGAUCUUUAAAUUAACUGAGCUCUGCUUUGUUGAUUUAAAAAAAAAAAGUAAAUACAAUUGGGGCUUGGGCAUCACUUUUGAGUUUGGUCUCUACGGUAUGAUACAGUCUGAAUCAGUUAGAUAAAGUAUAUGGAAAUUUCUCUACGGUAUAAUACAGUCUGAAUCAGUGGGCAUUAUCAUCUAAAUGAGAUGUUAUAUAAUAAUAAUUUUAAAAUAUAAGAAAUAGUGUAUUACUGCACACUGCAGAGUACAAAUACCAUUUUUAACUAUAAUGUUUUUCUCCAACUUUUUUUUAUUUUAUUUUUUUAAAAAGGGUGUUUUUCUCCAACUUAAUAAUAUACGAAUGUUAC